AUGGCAACAUGCUCUAUGCAAGUUGAUGUUAAUAGAGAAAUUAAAAAUGAGGCUAGCGACAAACCACCUCUAUAUUGGUGCUUGUAUCGCUCAGUUAAGGAGUUAAAGUCAGUGGGAAUACAUUUUCGGCCUAGCGAGACUUGCCAAUUCACUGAUAUCAAAUUUAAUUCUGGGCACUUGUAUGGAUGGCUCAAACUCCCUCGAAUAACCAUUGAGGAUGGCACCAAGUCUUUGCUUUUGAAUUUGGUGGCUUUUGAAGCUUGCGCUGACCCUUCAAGCAAUUUUGAGGUUUCCUCGUAUGUUUAUUUCAUGGAUACAUUGAUUGACCAUGCUGAAGAUGUGAAGGAGCUACGAUCUAAAGGCAUAAUACUCAACCUCUUGGGCAACGACGAACAAGUAGCGAAACUUUUCAACGAGAUAAGCGAAAAUGUGGUGCCCAAUUUACGAGUUUUUGGGAAUGUUCAAGAAUCCCUUAACGACUUCUGUAAAAGCUACAGAAGGUUGUGGUUGACUGAAUGCCUGCACGAUCAUUUUAGAAGCCCUUGGGCCAUAAUUGCUUUCCUUGCUGCAAUUGUUGUCGUGUGCUUGACUAUUACUCAAACUGUCUUUUCUGCCAUUCAGCUUUAG